AUGGAUCGUCGCGCUACCUUGGCCGCCCCGAGCAUCCGCGUCAAGAUCCCCGACCAGCUGCCCACGCUGUUCGAGCCGCAGAAGGCCACGCCGUACCCGCGCACCACCCGCUACGGCAGCACCGCCGAGGCCGAGGCUGAUGGCGACGCGCCGCCGUCGCCGGAGCACUGCCUCACCGUGCUGGCCCUGCAGCUGGCCGUGCUCGAGAAGGCGGCGACCGGGCUGGGCACGCUGGCCUUCGUCUGGGCCACGGUCGUGCUGCUGGGCGGCUUCGCCAUCACGCUGGACCGCACCGACUUCUGGUGCAUCACGGGCCUGCUCCUCAUCGAGGGCACCCGCAUCCUGGGCCGCAGCCACGAGCUGGAGUGGCAGCACCACCAGGCCAGCCAGGCCCGCUCCGCCACCCGCGCCGCCGUCCCCGCCUUCUUCUGGAUGCAGCUGCUCUCGGCGACGGCGUGCGUCUCCCUCUCCCUCGUCCGCCUCAUCCACCAGCACUACGGCGGCACCGAGGACGCCCGCUCCAACCGUGCCGCAGCGCUCAACAUCUUCUACGGCCUCGCGCUCGCCGAGGCGCUGCUGUUCCUUGUCGAGAAGGCGCUAUGGGAGUGGAAGGUGGGCCACCGCCGCCUCCUCCAGUGCGUCGCCGACGACUGCAAUCUCGCCGGUGCCUACGGCCAGGUCGCCGUACGCCGCUUCUUCUACGACUCCUACUCGCGCUGCCUCAACGGCAGCAUCUUGGAUGGCCUCCACAUGUGCCUCGUCUCCUACGCCGACGACCUCAUCACUGCGGGCUCGCACGACGAGCAGAGCCUUGGCGCCGGCAUCCUCGUCGCGCUCGCCGAGUCCGACCGCUUCGCCGAAGCCACGCUCCGCAGGAUCGGCGUCUCCGCGCCCACCAUCGAGCGCCUCAUCGAGAUGCUCAGCUGGAAGGACUCCUCGGAGCGCGAUGUCCGGCGCUCGGCGGCCGUCGUCGUGUCCAUGCUCACCGGGAGGAAGCUCGUCGCGCUCCGCAUCACCGGCAUUCCAGGCGCCAUCGAGUCCGUCGCGUCGCUGCUUUACGCCGAUCUCGACGAGCUCAACAUCCUCGGCCUCUCCAUCCUCAAUAAGCUGGCGCACGACCACGACAACUGCGACAAGAUUGGCAAGACCAGGGGCCUCCUCGAAAAGAUCAUCUCCUACUCCAGCAUCGACCAUGCGCUGGCGUCGACCACGCCGAGGGACAUGAGGCUCAAGGCGGUCAAGAAGUCGCUCCGCGUGGUCAAGAGGCUGGCCGGCGCAACGGGGGACACCGGGAAGCUGCUCCGACGGGAGCUCACCGAAAUCGUCUUCACUGUGAGCAACGUCAGGGAGAUCCUGCAGAGGCACGACAAGAAGGUCCAGUCGGAGCUGCACCAGCUGGCCAUCGAGAUACUCACGAGCCUCGCGAUGGACGAGGAGACCAGGGAGAUCAUCGGCGGGACGGGGGACGUGGUGAGCGUGCUGGUCACCACGUUCUUGCCGGGGGCGUUUGCGAAGGAGUGUCAACAGGCGGACGCUGUCCGGGUGGAGGCCGGCGAGGCGCUCGCAAUUCUGGCCCUCGAGAACAAGAAGAACUGCGCGGCGAUCAUAAUGGCUCUUGGCGGAGGGAUCGGGCUGCUCGUUGAUGCGCUGAAUGACCCCCUCGUCGUCGUCGGUGCCGCCAGGAUCAUGCACAACCUCUGCUCCUACUCCGGCGACGAGUGGCAGCUCCCUCUGAGACGGGUUACCGUCAGUGCCGCCAAGGUGCUGAGGUCCAUCACGGUGGAGAAGGGCAAGAUCCUCAACAUCUUCAUCGGGCUCGCGGUGCAGAUGCUCCGGUUCAUGGAGCCCGGGGAGCUCCGGGGGAGCCUCGACGCAGCGCGCGUGGUGGACACGGUGCUGGCGAGGUCCCUGGUGCAGGUGCUGCGGGAGUACAGCCGCCCGUCCAUGGACGUGCCCCGGGCACGACGGUACACCAUAGAGCUUGCCAUUUCAUUGAUGCAGUCGGACGCACGCUACGUGGCCCUGUUCGUGGAGCUCGGCAUGGAGAGCGAGCUGAGGCGCGUGGCCAUGACCACCUCUCAGCUGGAGUGCUUCAACGUCUUCUCUGGCAGCGUCGGGCUCAGCCGCCGCGACACCAGCGUCUGUUCCCUCGUCAAGUCAGCUUUGGAGCUGAUGAACAAGGGCUGGAAUUAAGACCUGAAACUACCACAUAUAUAUACUGCAGAUUGCUAUGUUGUACUCUUCUUUUUCUACUAUGCAUUAUGAUUUGUUACUCAUCGUGUAUCAUCUCUCGCUACUCACACUAGAGUAGUGCAUUCUGUAAAAAUAUAAU